AUGAAGAUCAUAGAACUGGUCAUUGAUGGCUUCAAGUCUUACAGCCAGAGAACGGUCAUCUCUGGUUGGGACAGGACCUUCAACGCCGUGACUGGCCUCAACGGCUCCGGGAAGUCCAACAUUCUCGACUCAAUAUGUUUCGUAUUAGGCAUCACCAACAUGUCGACCGUCCGAGCGCAGAACCUCCAAGACCUCAUAUACAAGCGCGGUCAAGCGGGCGUGACCAAGGCGAGCGUCACGAUCGUGUUUGACAAUAGUGACAAGAGCACGAGUCCGAUCGGCUUUGAAGAGUAUGCGCAAAUCAGUGUGACGCGACAGAUUGUCAUGGGCGGAACUAGCAAGUACCUCAUCAACGGACAUCGCGCUCAGCAGACGACAGUGCAGAAUCUGUUCCAGAGCGUCGGAUUGAACAUCAACAACCCGAACUUCAUCAUCAUGCAGGGUCGAAUCACGAAAGUGCUGAACAUGAAGGCCGCCGAGAUUUUGGCUAUGAUCGAAGAAGCCGCCGGAACGCGCAUGUUUGAGGAUAGAAAAGAGAAGGCAGUCAAGACCAUGGCGAAGAAGGAGAUGAAAGUGGUGGAGAUAGAAGGCUUACUGCGCGAAGAAAUCGAACCGAAACUCGACAAACUGAGAGGCGAGAAGCGGGCGUGGUUGGACUACCAGAAAACACAAAGCGAGCUUGAAAGAUUAACUCGAGUGGUUGUCGCGGCAGACUAUGUACGAGCUGGCGAGAAGAUGAAGAACGCGUCACAAGAGCACGAAGCUAAACGAGCAAAAGUGACCCACCUCGAGGAGAAUGCUGUCAAACUCAGGCGCGAAAUCGAAAACCUGGACGAAGAUUCUCAGCGCGUACGAGCUGUUCGGGAGAAGGAAAUGCGCAAAGGAGGCCGAUUCCAAGCAAUAGAAGCUCAAGUGAAAGAGUUGAGCCACGAACUGGUCCGACUUGCAACGGUGCUUGACCUGAAGCAAUCCAGCGUUGCUGAAGAAGAACAGAAGAAGAAAGAGGUCACCAAAACUGUCAAAAGCCUGGAGAAGCAAGUCAGCGAUAAGAAGGCUGGUCUGGAGAAGUUGCAGUCACAAUGGAACAGUGCAAAAGCUGAACAUGAUUCUCAAAAUUCGGAAGUCGAGAAGAAAGAAGAGCUGCUAUCGACGUUGCAGACUGGAGUUGCUUCCCGUGAAGGACAAGAAAGCGGCUACCAAGGUCAACUGCAGGAAGCUCGGGCGAGACUCACUGCGACCUCAACGGAGCAAGAACAAGCAAAGCUGAAGAUCUCUCACCUGGAAAAGCGCAUCAAGGAAGAGGAACCACGAGCAAAAAAGGCGCGAGAACAAAACGCCGAUCUCCUGAAGGACCUGGAGGUACUCCGCAAGGACGCACAGAAGCUGGAGAACAACCUGCAAAGAUUGGGCUUUGAGCCUGGCAGAGAGCAGAAGAUGCGAGAGCACGAGGUCACCCUUCAGAAGAGUAUCCGUGAGCUGUCGCGACAAGCCGACGAAUUGAAGCGAAAAGUGGCCAACGUCGACUUCCACUUCAGCGACCCUUCACCCAACUUCGAUCGGACAAGAGUCAAAGGUUUGGUUGCCCAGCUAUUCACCCUGGACAAGGACAAGUCGAUGGCUGGCACUGCGUUGGAAAUUUGCGCAGGUGGCCGGCUGUAUAAUGUGGUCGUGGACACGGCUGAGACUGGCACACAGCUUCUCCAGAAUGGAAAGCUCAAGAAGCGAGUCACCAUCAUUCCUCUGAACAAGAUAUCCGCCUUUAGAGCGUCAGCAGAGAAGGUUGGAGCAGCACAACGAAUAGCACCGGGCAAAGUCGACCUCGCGCUGUCCUUGAUUGGAUACGAAGACGAGGUUUCUGCCGCCAUGGACUACGUCUUUGGCACCACGCUGAUCUGCCAGGAUGCCGAAACAGCCAAGAAAGUGACUUUUGACCAGGCAGUCAGGCUGAAGAGCGUUACACUUGAAGGCGAUGUAUAUGACCCUUCCGGGACGCUGUCCGGCGGCAGCUCGCCAAACUCGAGUGGGGUACUCGUGAUUCUUCAGAAGCUGAAUGAAGUGACGAAAGAGCUGCAAAAACACCAGUCAGAGCUUCAACAGCUGCACGAGACGAUGAGACAGGAGCGAGCGAAGCUGGCUGAUAUCAAGUCAGUCAAGCAGGAGCUCGAUCUGAAGACUCACGAAAUUAAGCUGGCAGAGGAGCAGAUCUCGGGCAACUCUUCAUCAUCCAUCAUCCAGGCGAUAGAGGAAAUGAAGGCGACAAUUGUCCACCUCAGGCAAGACAUGGCCGAUGCGAAAACGCGAGAAGUCGAAGCAUCCAAGGACGUCAAGCGGAUCGAGAAAGACAUGGAAGACUUCAGCAAGAACAAAGGCAGCAAACUGAAAGAGCUGGAGAAGUCGAUAGCCGAGUUGAAGAAGUCGCUGACGAAGACCUCCGGUGCCAUCAAAUCACUCCAGAAGGAAUUGCAGGACGCUAAGAUCGACUGCGAGCAAGCAGAGGGUGAUCUGAACGCCGCGGUCGAGCAGCUUGCAGAGGUCAACGCCACGAUCGAGACACAAAAGGCAGAACUUGAGACCUUGCGCCAAGAAGAAGCCAGCGUCAAAAGCAACCACGACAUGGCCCAGGGUGAACUCGUCGACGAGCAAGCGAAACUAACGGGCUUUGACGACGAGUUGCGCGAACUGGAACAAGCCAAAUCCAAAAAGUCGAAACAGAUCGCCGAAGAAGCGCUCGAGGCACAGAAAUUGGGCCACGCCGUGGACAAGGCACAGAGGGACGCACAAGCCGCAGCGCAGCUUGUCGCGGCGCUGGAAAGGGAGCACGACUGGAUCGAGGACAACAAGGAUCAAUUCGGCCGGGCGGGCAGCCCCUACGACUUCCACGGCAAGAACCUCGCGGAAAGCCGCGCGACUCUCAAGAACGUGACGGAGCGAUUCCAAGGCAUGAAGAAGAAAAUCAACCCGAAGGUGAUGCCCAUGAUCGAUAGUGUCGAGAAGAAAGAGGCCUCUCUCAAGAACAUGCUGCGCACGGUGAUCCGCGACAAGAAAAAGAUCGAGGAGACAAUCAGCACGUUGGACGAGUACAAGAAGGAGGCGCUGAUCAAGACGUGGCGCACGGUCACCGAGGACUUUGGCAACAUCUUCUCCGAUCUGCUGCCCGGGAACAACACGGCCAAGCUGGUGCCGCUGGACGACAAUCUCGAGCGCAUCCAGGAAGGGCUGGAGGUCAAGGUCUGCCUGGGGAAGGUGUGGAAGCAGAGUCUGGCCGAGUUGAGCGGUGGGCAAAGAUCGCUCAUUGCUCUAUCCCUCAUUCUCGCCCUGCUCCAGUUCAAGCCGGCGCCCAUGUACAUUCUGGACGAAGUCGACGCGGCGCUUGACCUGUCGCAUACCCAGAACAUUGGCCGCAUCAUAAAGACGAGAUUCCAAGGGUCGCAGUUCAUUGUCGUCAGUUUGAAGGACGGCAUGUUUCAGAAUGCCAACCGUGUGUUCCGGACGAGGUUUAGUGAAGGCACGAGUGUCGUGUCUGUGAUGACGCCCGGGGAGAUCAAGGGGUGA